AUGAAAGCAGUGGUUGUGCAUGAACCCGGCGGUCCAGAAGCCCUCAAAUUCGAAACACGAGAAAUACCUCAACCGAAGGUGAACCAAGUCCUCAUCCGCGUCAAAGCUUUCGGUCUCAACCGGUCAGAGAAAUGGACCCGUCAGGGCCUCUCACCCAACGUUCAAUUCCCCCGAAUCCUCGGUAUUGAAGCUACCGGUGUCGUCGAGGAAGCACCAAACGGCGAAUUCGAAAAAGGACAAAUCGUCAUGACGGCUAUGGGCGGAAUGGGUCUUUUCUUUGACGGAGGUUAUGCGGAGUACACUGUUGUUCCUUCGAAUCAGGUGCAGGCCAUUACCAACCCGACUAAGUUGGGUUGGGAGAUACUCGGUGCGUUACCGGAGAUGUUGCAGGUUUCAUACGGGUGUGUACAUCGUUCAUUGGAAGUGAAACAUGGAGACCGCGUGUUGAUUAGAGGUGGGACUACUUCAAUCGGGCUCACUGCUAUUACGCUUGCAAAGAGUUUGGGGGCACAUGUAACGGCUACCAGUCGACGCGCGGAUCGCGAAUCAAUGCUUCGUGAACAUGGCGCAGACGAGUUUCUCCUAGAAGAUGGAGAAUUAGCGACACAGUUGGCUGCGAAGGAGUUCGAUCAAAAGUUCAACAAGAUACUUGAAAUGAUCGGAGCCGCUACGCUCAAAGACAGCUUGAAGUGCAUCACUCAAGGAGGCACUCUCUGCGUAGCAGGAAGAGUUGGAAAUGAAUGGAUCGUCAAAGACCUAAAUAUUUUAUCCGACAUACCAUGGGGUUCGAAGCUCACUGUGUAUGGUGGGAUGACUCCGGAAUUUAUGUCGACUCCUCUCAAUGAGUUAAUUCAGCAGGUUGAGAAUGGCAGCUUGAAAGUGAAGAUAGGCAAGACAUUUCACAUUGAUCAAAUUGUGGAGGCUCAUCGUUGCAUGGAAGACAGCGCUGCCGAGGGAAAGAUUGUGAUAUUGACUGAAUAG